AUGCAUUCAUUAAAGCUAUUGUUACAUUCUCAAUAUUAUCUUGUGACUGAGUUCAUCCUGGCUGGACUCUCACAGCAGCCAGAGCUCCAGCUGCCUCUCUUCCUCCUCUUCCUAGGGAUCUAUGUGCUCACAGUGGUGGGGAACCUGGGCAUGAUCACACUGAUUGUGCUCAGUUCUCACCUGCACACCCCCAUGUACUACUUUGUCAGCAGUCUGUCCUUGAUUGACUUGUGUCAUUCCACUGUGAUCACCCCCAAAAUGCUGGUGAACUUUGUGCGCGAUAAGAAUACCAUUUCCUACCCUGGAUGCAUGACUCAACUCUACUUCUUUCUCAUUUUUGCCAUAUCAGAGUGUCACAUGUUGGCUGCAAUGGCCUAUGACCGCUAUGUGGCCAUCUGUAGCCCACUGCUUUACCAUGUCAUCAUGUCCUCUCAGACUUGCCUUUCCCUGAUUUUAGGGGUGUAUAUUAUAGGUGUGGUUUGUGCAUCAGCUCAUACAGGCUGCAUGAUUAGAGUCCAAUUCUGCAAAAUUGAUGUGAUCAACCAUUAUUUCUGUGAUCUUCUUCCGCUCCUAAAGCUCUCUUGCUCGAGUACCUAUGUCAAUGAAGUGCUGAUUCUGUUUUUUGGCACAUUUAACAUCUUUGUCCCCACCCUGACCAUCUUCAGCUCCUACAUCUUCAUCAUAGUCAGCAUCCUGCGCAUUCGCUCCUCUGAAGGCAGAGCCAAAGCCUUCAGCACCUGCAGCUCCCACAUCUCUGCUGUUGCUCUCUUCUUUGGAUCUGCUGCAUUCAUGUACCUGCAGCCAUCAGCAGUCAGCUCCAUGGACCAAGGAAAAGUGUCCUCUGUGUUUUACACCAUUAUUGUGCCCAUGCUGAACCCUCUGAUCUACAGCCUGAGGAAUAAAGAUGUUAGUGUUGCCCUGAAGAAAAUACUACACCGAGAAACUUUCCUGUGA